GCCUGCUGCUGAUUCGCUGACGUGCGCUCUAAUUGGAUCAGUCAGGAAGUUGCUGAGCUUUAUGCUUUGUGCGUACAGAGACAGUGAGGGAGGAGGCCAGCCUUCUUCAGCACUUUGAGAGGAGGAGUAAGGCAGGAAAAAGGGGAGUACUCAGCCUCCUCUGACCCUGUGUGCUGCAGCAGCCCCCCCUCCCUUCCUCUGUGAAGCUCCUUCUUUCUCUUUCUCCUUACUCAUCUGUUUCUGAGGCUGCACUGAGAGGAGGACACCUGCCGCUCCCUGAUGAUUCAGCCUUUCUGCAGGUUGGGGCUCUUCACUCGAGGCAGCAUGUCCCCCCUGAUGCUGCAGUGCUCGGCCAUCCUGUCCUUGACAACGCAUCUGCGGCAGCCGGCCCACCACGCCACCACCGCCCCGCCUGUCUCCGUGUUCAGGCUGUCCGCCCCCCUUCUGCCGAGCCUCCAGGCUGAGCCUCUCUGAACAUUUUCCUCGCCGCUUCAGGAUGGAAAACCUCCUCGUGGACUCUGGAGGCAGAACCCCCCCCUGUAAUGUUCUGUUUUAAUAGUUGAAGCUUUGUUCGUCCGUCAGUUCGAGAGCAUGACUGAGGGAAUGGAGGACAUCUCUGCCGGGCCUUCUGGAAUAACCUCCCCCACCUGCCCCGCUGCUGAUGCCGGCUCCGUCCCAGAGGAGAAAGCCGAGGAGGCAGAGGCAGCUGGGGAGAGUGCAGAGGAGGCCGUCGAGGGAAUUGCAGAGGGAGGAGGCGGUGGUUGCGAUGGGGAGCAGGCGGGGGCUGUGGGAGUUGUGACCUGCUGCGUGUGCGUCGAGAUGGAGCAGAUCAACCACUGCCUGCACUCAGAGAAGAUCUGCAUCCUGCCCAUCCUGGCCUGCCUGGUCAGCCUGGCGCUCUGCACCGCUGGCAUCAAGUGGGUCUUUGUGGACAAGAUCUUUGAGUAUGAACCCCCCACCCACUUUGACCCCAAACCUAUCGGACAGGACCAGAUCAUCAUAUCUGUAGACCCGACGCUGGGAAUCACCGUCUCCAUCCCGCACGCAGCUCCCUCAGCCGUCUCCCUCACCACCACCAUCGCCAUCUCCCCCGAGGUUUUACUGGAGGAGAAGUCCACGAGCAGGCCGCAGGCUCCUCUCCCCCCUCGAGUGACUUACCCGUCCGUCACACUGAAGUACAACGCUGAGCGUCCAGCUCCUCCGAGGCAGAGUCCCCGCCCACCUGCCACACAAGAGCUCAGCAACGACAUCCAAACUGUCACUACCACCAGCACCUCCACCACCACCAAAACCUCCAGCCACAUCACACGCUGCAGCGACAGCCAGAGGAACUACUGCGUCAAUGGAGGCGAGUGCUUCACCCUCGAAAUCAUGCCGGGAAGCACCAAGUUUCUGUGCAGGUGUCCAAAUGAAUUUACUGGUGAUCGCUGCCAAAACUAUGUGAUGGCCAGCUUCGUCAAGACUGAGGGGCUGUAUGAAAAACGCAUUUUAACAAUCACUGGAAUCUGCAUCGCCCUGCUCGUCGUAGGAAUCAUGUGUGUGGUCGCCUACUGCAAAACUAAGAAACAAAGAAAGAAACUUCGUGAGCGCCUGAGGCAGAGCCAGAGGAAUAAAAGGAAGUCCAGUACCAAGACCGGUACUGGCUCCAAACCGGACAGCUCUGCCGCAGGACGUCGCCUUUCUAACGUGCCUCUUCAAGACCUUAAGAUCAGCAAAUCAUGUAACGGGGUGAAGAUGCUGUAUGUAGAUGACGACUCCGAAGCCACCUUUCCCAUGAGUAAAGACGCACCUGAACCCACCGCCCUCACUCAAGUCUCCAGCCAAAGGCCAUCCGCCUCGAGGAACUGGACUUCUGAGUCACCGUCCGGUCCCGCAUCUCCGGGCUCCCCUCCUUCAGAGAUGUCGGCCCCUCUGUCCAGCCUGGCCGUCUCCGUCCCCUCAGUGGCUUUAAGCCCCUUCACUGAGGAGGACCGGCCCUUACUGCUGUCCAGAGCCGGUCAGACUCACUCCUCCUCCAGGGCAGAGGAGCAGAGGAGAGGCUUGUCCCACUACAACCACGGCCUCAUGGCGCACAGCUUACCCCCCAGCCCGCUGCUGCACGUGGAGAAGGUGAACUCUGCACCCACAGGGGAGCAGCACACCUCAGCUGCUGGCCCUCAUUACUCUGAGUCCAGCAGUGAGGGCAUGCCGGGGAGCGACACUGAAGACCCUCAGGAGGAGGAUGAGGAGGAAGAGGAAGAUGUAGGCUUCCUCACCACAGACAGCUCUGCAGCGCUCUGGACUCUGAAAAGCUGCAGGACUAACCUGGCAUCAGCACACCUCAGCCUGCAAGUGAAGCCGUCAAGCCCCUCCCCCAUGAAACAAGAUCCAAUUGCUGUGUAACGCAAAGAACGGAAGAGAUUCAUGUUGAGAGAAAGAAAUGUCUCCUGAUUUUCUGUGAUGAAAACCAAACUUAUUUUAAACACGGUAGCAUAAGAGUUUUAUAGAAACAAAUGUGUUUGAGGUAAAGUGCCAUACGCUUGUCUGCAGCAGCGGCUCUCAGCUAAUUCAGAGCAGAAAAACAUCAACGUGCCUUUCCUUUGCUAGACAAGAACUUGUGUGGGUUCAACGUGCACGCGGCAGGACCUGCUCAGACCACAGAACGAGCAUGAUGAGGUUUUUAUCAUUUCUGUCGAGACCCUUCAGAGGCCGAAAACGAAGCUGCACACCUGCACUGAUGCUCCAAACUCCACCUUCCAGGUCUUCACCUGCAGCCGCGGCGUGCGUAGAGAUUUCAGAGAGGAGCCGGUCCUCCUGAGCUCUGUAAAUAAGCUUUAAGAUAAACGUGCAAUCACUGGACUGAUCAACAUGACACUCAUUUGUCCAAACAUGGACUAACAGUUUUCAGAUUCAUGGAGCGCCCCCUGGAGGGCAGAAAGCUUUUGAAGGAGUUUUCAAACAAAGAGAACAGAAUGCAGGAAAGUGGAGGUUAAACAUGCUGGCGUCCAAACACACCCGCAGGUUCAACGAGCACUUUGUUAACGUGAGAAGGACACGCUGUUUUACCGCUAAUGGUCUUACUUUUGAUUUUGGUGAUAAUGUAGAAACACGACAUGAACAGGUUUUCACCGGGUUUUCUUUUAAACUAAAGCAGGAGAUAACUUGAUGUGUAAAACAAUUAUUCCCAAAGCAAAUCACUUAUUAACCCACAGCUCUGACGGAACACCCUGAAAUGCUGGGUUUGUUAGCAUUAGCAGUUAGCUCUCCCUCCACUCUGACUGCAAAGGUCUUCUUCCUCUUGACCUGUCAGAUUACAGCGCUGUUCCCCCAUUCUGACCCAAAGCCCUGAUUCCUGUCGGUGCUCUUGUUCUCUGGUGGCCUCUGUAAAGAGAGCCCGCCCCCCACAGAUAGGUGUAAACAUCGCCAAAGUUCAGGUCUGGAUGAGACCUGACUGAGGAGACUGAAUAACUCUGCAGCUGCUGCUUAAAGUACCUAGAAACAUAUCUUCAUAUCUUUGAAUUCUUAUCAGCAAUCCUCAAGACCCCCCCCCUUAUUUUGACAUUUUAUAGCAGGUAGUCUGGAAUGAGCCGCCAUCUUGGAUCCCGUCCCGGUCAGUGAUAACAUCAUAUGACCCAGAGGUGUUGAUGAAGUUACCUUUUCUUUUUGAAAAAGCAACCCUCACCUUUCCAGCGUGUGUGAGGAGGGGUUCCACCUGAUCUCUGUUUGUUGUGAACUUUGCUGCUGAUAAUUCCCAUCCAGCAAGACCGAGUGGCCCCAUAUAGUUUAAAAGUGAGCAGAAAAUGUGAGCCCCAAUUUGGUUUGUCCAUAGUUUCUGUGGUGGACCCACAUUGACUUAAGUGGGUGCUCACUGGGUAGGCUCGCUAUGCUAACUGGCCACCUGAUGGAAACCAGAGUUCGCUAGCUCAACACAGCGGAGCAUGCAAGCUUGCUAAAGAGGAGUAUGCCAGCUUGCUACAGAGGAGCUAGCUAGCGAGCUACAGUAUAGCUCGCUAGCUAGCUACAGUUGACCUCACUAGCAUGCUGCAAUGGAACUAGCUUUAGCGGAGCUUGCUAGAAUACUACAGUAUAGCUCGCUAGCUUGCUACAGAGGAGCUUGAUAGCAUGCUGCGAUGGAGCUUGCUAGCAUGUUACAGAAGAGCUUGCUAGUUUGCUACAGAAGAGCUCACUAGCUCACUAUGGGGAGCUCGCUAGCAUGUUACAGAGGAGCUUGAUAGCAUGCUGCAAUGGCGCUUGCUACCAUGUUAAAUUGGAGCUUGCUAUCAUCUACAGAAGAUACUGCUAGUAUCGACAGAAGAGCUCGCUAGCAUGCUACUGUGGAGCUCACUAUCUCACUACAGUGGCGCUCACCACCUCACUACAGCGGAGCUUGCUAGCAUGUUACGCUGUCCACUUGGCAGCUUGCUACAUAGCAAGCUAACAUAUAGUAUUCCCACUUAAGUUAAUGUGGACAAACACAGGUGGGGCCACCACAGAAACUGUGGACAAACCCACUCAGGACCACAUUUUCUGCCCACUUUAAACCAUAUUGGGUCCACUAGACCUCACUGGCUGGGAUGUUUCCAAAAAUGUCUCCAACUGUAUUGUUUAAUCCGUAGCUAUUGAGAAAAGGUUCUCUUCUCCGAGUUUAUCUCUUUAACAUGAAAAUGUGUGGCUCAAAAAGACCCCCUGGUAAACAGGUCAGGAGUCCUUGUUACUGUGAGUAUCAGAUGUUUCUGUUCUUCAUCUCAGAACUGUUAACUUGGACGACUUAAACAGUCCCAGCUUGUACAGAGUCAUUUUGUGUAAAAAAUGAGUUAUAACGGCGUCUUCUGAUUGUUUCUUGAACAUUUUCCCAGGACUCACUCACAGAAUGUGGAAAAGGAAAUGUAUGGGAUUAAAAAAAAAUCACAGUUGGUAAAUGUGCGUAGAAUCAGAUAAUAGUGCUUCCUGCUGACUUUGUUUUCUAUUUAGAAGAAUGUUUCCUCUCAUUCAGAAGCAUGAGGAAGACGUUUUUGCUCAAGGAUGAGUCUGAACUCGUCUGCUCUGUGAUCUUCUGGUUGGUCCUAAAAAAAAACAUAUGUAUUCAGCACUUAGAUGCUUUUGCUUUUAGAUCCGGAGUGUCUUAAAAUGAUGUAAAAACACCAUUAAAGCCUCCAAUGCUGCUGUUUCACAUGAAAA